AUGGCGUCUCGUCGCUACAUGACGCCACCUUUGCUGCAGCCUUCAGCGAUGUUCUCUGUGGAAUCAUCCUGGGAAAGUUUCAACAAGCUUUUUGCUUCAAUUGCAGACCCUCAGACCCAGAAAAACCAUGCAAGGCACUUGGCACUCACGAAAAAUAUCCUCUACGAGAACGAGGCUGGGUGGAAAGUGGCUGAGUUAUCACUUGUCAGUGAUCUGCUCCAACUAUUGCGUGAGAAAGUUCUAGACGGAGUACCGCAGUUCGCUGAACAAUUAAUACUCGCAAUCACAAGAUGCUGCAAGCCGUUUAUUCGACAGAAAUCAAACGAGGAGAUCACCAAUCCAAGUCUGUUCCACGGUCUUUUACCCACUUUAGGUGAACUUCUGUCAUUUGAGGACAUUGAGGUUCAAGUUGCAGCAGCAGAAGCGCUCAGGAUGUUUGCUACCGGCGCCUGUUUGGCUCGUCCUUCGUCAAAAGCGAGAAAGAACAACACUGAGUCCAAAUCGGACGAUUUGAGACUGACACCUCGUAUUUUCAGCCAGAAUCUGUUAGAAGAGACCGGCACUGUCGAUGCGAUUGUAGCAGUCAUGCAUGAUCUCUUCCCCGAUGAUGAAAUUGAAGAAGAAGAGCAAGAGAUUCCACAAGAUACUGAACCUGUGGAAGGAGAUCCCGGGGUAGAUGGUGAUCAUUUGAGUACAGACGUGAAUGUUAGUGAACAACCGGGCGAAGAAUUGAUAAACAACGGAGAUGCGGAUGUAGAGAACAAAUCUUUGGAGAAUAAUGUGGAAGACGAUCUAGCUUUGGAAGAAAAUAAUACGGAAGUGGAGGAAAUUGCCAUUGAGGAUGUGAAGGGGAAUAAUAUGGUACGGUCUACGAUAAAGCCUCAGUCGGCACCACCAAAUGGCCACAAAGAAUCUUCUCAGCUCGAGACGAGGGAAGUGGAAGGCGUUUCUAAGGAGAACGAGCGAUCAUUUCGCUCUACAAAACCAGCGUCAGCACCCAGCACAAUCCACCGAGGCUUUAACAACAGAGUUGCAAAGACACAAGAGAUUCACACCGACGAUACUACUACGUCUGAACAAGAUGAACCGAGUGUGAGCAGACCUGGUUCAGCACAAGAAGACCAACUACCGAAUGCUGACAACACCGUGGGAGAAGAGAUCGUGCGAGUGAUUGGAAACGCGCUGCCGAUUCAAAUGAGGCUGUCUGCGUUAUUAUUCCCACUCAUUGAUCUGCUCUACGAACUAUCGGGCUACCAGCGCUGUGCUGAAGUUCUUGUCGUGAGCGGUGCGCUCCACUACGUCGUGUUUAUCCUCGAAAACGUCACGAACCCACAGGACGAACUUUUGCCUCUUUGUCUCGAAAUCCUCUGGAAUGUACUUGAACUUAGUCACGAGAAAAUCUCCACGGUUGGCAAAGUUGGUUCCCGAAAAGAACUGCUAGAGGUGUUCCGGCUUAGAAACGCUGCGUUCUUUUUGGGGAACGAGUUCACGUUCCAAGCUCUUCUUCACGUACUGGAGUUACUGCUAGCUCGAGGAUAUCGACAACAAGACAAAGAGAUGCGAAAUGAGUGUCUGAUGAUCCUUCAAUUACUCGCCAAGAGACGACGUUCCUUAGACUUCUUCUACUCCACAGGAUUAACAGCGUGUCUGUUUUCCUACGCGACGUCAGCAGAACUGUCCCUUAUUAAGGAGACUGGGCGUCAACAAGAUAAAUCCUCUGCUACAGCUUCAGCCAUCACAGCGAGCAACCAAUACUACGCAACAACUAGCGAUGAGGACUUUGAAUUUAAACAAAUGAUCUGGUUUCUAUUAGCCGAGAUCUCCUGCGAUCACCAAGCGAAUCUAAGCGAGCUAGUUCAAUUCAGAUUCCUCGAAAUCUGGUUGUCAUAUGCGACUAGCAAUAGCAAUCAACAGCUAGAUUCUGGAGCGCUUUACAGAUCCUCUGCACUGAAAUACUCAGCCCCACAGCGUCAGUUGUUACAAUGGACGGCGCUCAGUGUGCUUAAUCACGUGGCUCCGUUCGUAGUCGAGCACUUCUUCGAGAUUGGUGGACAUGCGAAGCUUCUCGAUUUUCUUCAGCUCAAUAUGGGCACUGAGGAUGUAUUGGCGUCUGCAUGGAUGUUACUACUGCAAGUAUCUCCUCCCGUUCCGUUUUUCCAAGUUGAACUGGGAAAUCUUGGAGCUAUCGAGACCGCUGUGGAGAUUUUCGAGACUCCUCCUUCGCGCCAUACGUUCGUAAUUCGUCGGAAUGCAAUUCUUACGUGUGCUAGUCUGUGUCGUAACGAUGGAGCGAAUCGCGAGCGCUUCCGUCGUUCCAACGGCGUGUACGAACUCGUUCAGUAUCUCGAGUUCCAUCCGUCACAUUCCGUUCUUGAGGAGAACAUUUUAGUUGGAAUAUUAGACGCAGUGCGUUCUUGUGUGGUCGGAGAUAUCGAGAGUGAAUUAGCGUUCAUAAACCACGACGGAGUGCCCAAGUUACUAUCGAUCAUAGCAGCAGCACCCAAAGCAUUGAAGCAUCAGGCGUUGGCUGCACUUGCUGAGCUUUCAGUGAACCCAGCAGCUAUUCCGUCGUACCAAACGUGGCGCUGCGAGCAGCAUGGCAAUAACUACAAUACAAGCGCGAAUGAGAUGCUGCUUCACCUCUACGCAGACGAAGAAGCCGCCGAGAAACGCGCAAACCUGGACGUAGUCGACAACGACAAAGCAGCUUCACAAUCAAGCAUUAAUGUCCGUCACUGCGCCUUCCAGUCGAUCACACACUGCAGAAGUUCGUUCAUCAUCGCGUCAGAAAGCAGCACUUCAAAUGAAGAUAUAACGCCACCAAGUCGACCGGAAUCUCCAGCUUUUGCACGACUGAAAGACGCACUCAAAGCAGCGCAGGGGCUCUCACAGGACAAGCGAACAUCUCGCUCCGUUUUGGACUUGGAAAGCCAUCAAAUUCACCCUGAAGUGAACCUGAAGGCCAAGAUCUACUCCGUCCUGGCCAAUGUUUCUUUCGAUUGUGAGACUGAGAGCUUAUCUCCUCAAGACCAGGUGAUGCUGGAGAUCGCCAAAGAGUAUCCGACAUUCAAGCUUGGAGAGAUGUGGCAAAACGUGGAGCGUACACUUCAUGCUGAACGUGUGCGUCCAAUUUAUGCAGAUGCGCUGUAUAUCCGCAAAAACAUGGAGAACGCGUACGAUAUCUCAGUGUGCACAAAACUGGCACAGCAGGAAGUGUUCGCACGCACUCGCCAGCAAAAUACUGAGCGUGAAGACGAAUUUUUCAUGCAAAUUCUGCGCCAGAAACACCAGGAAGCUCAAGCAGAACAGUUCCAUCGUGCCAACCGGCGGCAGAACUCCACUAUGCAGCUCCAUUUGGAUGCUAAAAAGACACGGUUGGAGUUCAUGCGUCGACAAGAUCCAGCGGCUUUUGCAGCUUAUGAGAGCGAGGAGCGCUGUCUGAUCCGUGAUCCUCCACCUGAAUACGUGGACGAUCAAGAGGGACUGCGAACGUUGCAGCAACACGAAGCGGAGCUGCGAGGUCGACUCUGCACUAUUAAAAAAUCUCGCAAGAACACAAUCUUGUCGCUACCAAAGAUGUCGAGAGAUCUCUGUUGA